GUGACGGGACCGUGGACGGCGAGGAGGAUGGUGGUGGUGAGAGGAUGGAGACGAGCCGAAGAAGAUCCGGGAUGGGACAACGUGGGGCUGGGAAAUGGGUGGAGAAGGGGACGAGGGGUGGUGGGACGAGGGGUGGUGGGACGGGGGACAGCGCGCGGACAGGGGGUCCCAGCGCAGGAGAUGCCGACGUCUGCGGGGAGGGCGGGAGAAGUUUUCCCUGUGGAUCCUCCCCGGCCGCCCACCGGCACGUCCGCGCCGGCGAGAAGCCCUACAAGUGUCCCCAGUGCGGGAAGAGCUUCGGGCGCAGCUCCCACCUCAUCGCCCACCAACGUACCCACACCCACGAGCGACCCUACAAGUGUCCUGACUGCGGGAAGACCUUCAGCCAGAGGUCCAACCUCCUCAUCCACCAGCGGGUCCACACUGGAGAGAGGCCCUUUGGGUGUCCCGAGUGUGGGAAGAGCUUCAGCUAUAGGUCCGUCCUCCUCAUCCACCAGAAGACCCACACCGGGGACAAGCCCUACGCCUGCGCCGACUGCGGGAAGAUCUUCAGCCAGAGCUCGGACCUGACCAAGCACCACCGGAUCCACACCGGGGAGAGACCCUACGGUUGCGCCGAGUGCGGGAAGACCUUCAGCCUCCAUUCCCACCUCCUCUCCCAUCAGAGGACCCACAAGGGGGAGAAGCCCUACGCUUGCCCCGAGUGCGGGAAGAGCUUCAACGAUAGCUCCAACCUCAUCACCCACCAGCGGAUCCACACCGGGGAGAAGCCCUACGGGUGCCCCCAGUGCGGGAAGUGUUUUGGACGCCUCUCGCAUCUCCACCGGCACCGGAGGACCCACACGGGGGAGAAGCCCUUCACCUGCUUGAGCUGCGGGAAGAGCUUCGGUGAGAGCUCAUCCCUCAUCCGUCACCAACGGGUCCAUACCGGAGUGAAGAGUUACGAGUGCGGGGAAUGCGGCAAGAGCUUCAGCUGCAGCUCCCACUUCAGCAAACACCGGCGGACCCACACCGGUGAGAAACCCUUCCUCUGCCUCCAUUGCGGUAAGAGCUUCAACGUCAGCUCCAACCUCUACCGGCAUCAACGGGCUCACGCCGCCGAACGUCCCGGUCCACCGGCUCCACCGGCACGUCCCCGUGGGUUGCCGUAUAAAUGCGAGGAGUGCGGCAAGAGUUUUCGCCGUAACAAGGAGCUGGUGACCCACCAACGGUUGCACACCGGUCGCUUGCCCUUCCAAUGCGGUCACUGCGGUAAGAGCUUCAGUUGGAGCUCCCAUUUUGACCGGCACCAACGCGUCCAUACCGGUGAGAAGCCCUAUCAGUGCCCCGAAUGCGGUAAGCGUUUUAGCCGUAGCUCCCACCUCUACCGGCACCAACGCACCCACGCUGGUGGUCGCUCUUACAUCUGCACCUAUUGCGGGCGUAGUUUUGGUAGCACCCUCCAUUUUGACCGGCACCAACGCACCCACACCGGCCAACGACCCUACAAGUGCACCCUGUGCCGGAAAAGUUUUGGCGAUGGGCCGGCGUUGGUCAAACAUCAACGCCUUCAUCUGGGUGAUGGUCCUUUCCGUUGCGAAGAGUGCGGUAAAGCCUUCGGUGCCCGCGCCCAAUACGCCCGGCAUCGGCGUAGCCUCCACGGUGGCGGUGAGAAACCGUACCGUUGCGGUGAUUGCGGGAAGAGUUUUUCCUGGAGCUCCCAUUGGGAACGACACCAACGUAUCCACACCGGCGAACGACCCUACCAAUGCGGGGACUGCGGCAAACGUUUCGGCCGGACCUCCCAUCUCUACCGGCAUCAACGUACCCACGCCGGCGGGCAACCCCACAUCUGUGCCGAUUGCGGGAAGAGCUUCAACAGCACCCUACACUUCCACAAGCACCAACGGGCUCACGCCGGUCCCCGGCACGCCUGUCCCGAUUGCGGCAAGGCGUUUGCCGACAGUUCGGCGUUGGCUAAGCACCGACGGGCGCACGCCGGCGAGAAGCCUUUCCCUUGCCCACAGUGCGGCCGGCGCUUCAGCCGAGGGUCUAACCUUGCCCAGCACCGGCGUAUCCACACUGGCGAACGACCUCACCGUUGCGGUGAUUGCGGCAAAGGCUUCAUCCAACGCUCCGACCUCGAGCGGCACCGGCGGGUGCACACCGGCGAACGGCCGUAUCCUUGCGGUGACUGCGGCAAACGCUUCGCCCAACGCUCCGCCUUGGCCAAACACCGCAAGACCCACAGCAGCGAGCGGCCUCACCGCUGCGGCGAUUGCGGUAAGAGCUUCAGCCGAGGCUCCAACCUCACCCAACACCGGCGCAUCCAUACCGGCGAACGGCCAUUUGCUUGCGGCGAUUGCGGCAAAGGUUUCAUCCAACGCUCCGAUCUGGAACGGCAUCAACGGGUACACACCGGUGAACGACCCUAUACCUGUGCCGAAUGCGGUAAGAGCUUCAGCGUCAGCUCCCACCUCGACCGGCACCAGAAGAUCCACGCAGCCGAACGGGCGUCCUACCGUUGCCCCGAACAUCUAGCCGGCUUCUUGGCCGCUCACCGUCACGGUCGCCUCUUCCAAUGCGCCCAAUGCGGGCGAUGUUUCGGUCAAGGCGCCGCCUUGCUCAAGCAUCAACGUGCCCACGGCGCCGGGGGAACGAAACCCUAUAAGUGCGGGGAAUGCGGGAAGGGUUUUGGGCAGCGUUCGGCGCUGGUUAAACACCGGCGUAUCCACACAGGAGAGAAACCCUACGCCUGCGGGGAUUGCGGGAAGGGUUUCAUCCAGAAGUCGGACCUCACCAUCCAUCGCCGGAUGCCCCCCGGGGAGAAACCUUACCGGUGCGGUGAGUGCGGUAAAUGCUUCAGCGUCUCCUCCAACCUCAUCACCCAUCAACGCACCCACCUCGGCGAGAAGCCCUACCAGUGCCCCGAGUGCGGCAAGAGCUUCAUCCAACGCUCCGAGCUCACCAUCCACCAACGUGUCCACACCGGCGAGAAGCCCUACAAGUGUCCCGAGUGCGGCAAGUGCUUCAGCCGUAGCUCCCACCUCAACCGCCACCAACGCACCCACGCC